CCAGCAGCAGUGAGCGACCGUUACUACACUGCCCAGCUUUUUAUACACUCACAUUUGUUCAACUACGAAUGCAACCCAAAAUUGAAGGCACACAAAAUUUAAAUUUCUGGUGACAUUUGACGAAACGUGAGCAAAUUAUGGAGUCGUCAGGCUGGGAAUUGCACAAGGAGAAUAUCCAGCCGCUAUGUUCAGGACGGAACAUUUCGUUACUGAAGCAGUCACUCGAUACGUCUAAAAGCAUGGCUGAUCAUGAACAAGAUAUUGAGCAGCAGUUAAGUGAAUUGGAAAGCAAUGUACAAAAUUAUUCCGGAGAUGACCCAAUCGAACCCUAUUUGGCACUUAUUCGUUUCUUGGAACAUCAAUGUGUUCAUACUAUUACGUGGAAGAAAUCCUUAUCUAAUGCAAGAAUGGAGUGUUAUAAGAAGUUUUAUGACAAUUCACUUUAUAAAAAUGAUAAACGAUAUGUGGAAGCAAUUGUAAAAUGUUUAAAUGAUGCAGUUCCUGAUACCAGUAGUCGAUUAAACUUGUUGCUUGUUGCUCUGAAUAAGAAGGAAAUUGGUACAAGUGUAAGCCAAAUGUAUAUUGUCAUCGCUGAUCAUCAAGAGUCUCUUGGAAUGAAGAAUGAAGCUCGUCAAACUAUGAAGCGUGGGAUAACGAAGGACGCUCAACCAAUUGAAAAAUUACAAGAAGCAAUUUCUGAACUUGAGUUUAGGAUAGCGAGAGAUCUUGCAAAAUCUAUGAAUGUGGGACCACAACCGAGCUCCAAUAGGAAUUUUGGAAGUUCCGUUCCCGUGCAUGGAGAAAAAAAUGAUGCGCCAGUGUUUCGAAACGACUUAAAGCCAGCUAUACCUGUGAUGGAGCGCCAAGCAUCUAUUUCCAAGCUUCAUCAUCAGGUUACGUCUAAAAGUAACCUUCCAUUGUAUCAAACUGAAACCGAAAAUGACCACCCUACUGGUACUCCUUCCUCGUCCUCAAGUGUUGGUUUCAAUAUUGUUGAACAAGUUGUGGGGCCCAAGUUUGACAAAGAAAAUCAUCAGAAACCAUCGAAAUGGAACAAGCCCAAUGUUGUAGUUGAAACAGACUCACCGGAAAUGAGAGAAUUUGAAGCACCGCGUGAAAAAAUUGCCAUUUAUACCGAAGAUUCCGUAGAUGACAAACCCACACGCCCAAUGAUAGUACAGGAAGGUAUACUCAAAGAAAGGAAACCCUGUAGUGUAUUAGGACCUGAAUUGCAAUCCACCUCGUCUUUGGCAUUGGCUGGGACACUAAACAAUAAGCAAUCUGUAAUUGCUGAUGUAAAUGGCACAGUAGAUGUGUUAUCAACUAUCGAGUUGGCUCCAAUGAUAAUCCCAAAUGCUUGCUUAAAAUUCAGUAGAUCGAUGCUGUCUAGUGGGAGACCUGCCUCAUUUGAACAUCGAAAAAGGAACGCGUGGCUAAAGAGUAAUCAAGACCGUGAAAUCAUUGCUCGACUGAAAAAUGAUAGAAUGCAAUUAGAAGAAAAAUUGAUCAAGGUGGAAAGAGAUUUUGAACAAUUGUGCGAAGUUGAACAGAGUCUACGCGAGAAUUUCGAAACGGAAUUGAAGCAGAAAGCUAUCAAAGAAGCACAGUGGGAGCAACAACGAUAUUCAUAUAACGACACGAUUCUUCGACUGACGACGGAAUGUAGUGAACUAAAAGAUUACGUCCAACAAUUGGAGCUCCAUCAGAAAGAAUUUAUGAACAUCUUGGAAGAGGCGAAAACUCGUCAUUGGCAAGAGCUAGAAAAACUCAAGGCAAAUCAUGCUUCACAGAUUAAAGAGUUGACUUUGCAACUGCAGCAACAAUCUGCUCCAUACCAAGCAUCCACCACCACUACUAACAAUAUAACUACAGAGUGCAAUUCUAAUUCCGCAGGUGAUAGGCAAUACUCAUCCUCGUCCAAUGAAAACGAAUGCACCUAUAUUAAGGCCACACAGCAGCAACAACAACAACAAAUGUCCCACUACUCAUCCAUGGCAGUUCCUUCGGAUAAACUAAUGAAUGCAACUGGUAUGAGCUAUAUGGAAAGUUUUAUGGCUCCACCCUCUCAUGCCGACCAGACCUGCAACAACUUUGUCGAAAUCAGCAUCAAUCGUGACCCCUCCUUCAACGCUAGUGUUAGAAUGAGUGGAGCAACUACUGUAUACGGAUGGAAUGAAAAGACACGUUUUUGUCGCAACACUUCUGAUGAUGUUGAUGAAGAUUCUCCACUAACAAGGGAUACUGAUAUAAGAAUGAGAGACAGUAACGCAACCAAGAACGACACCGCCCCCAGCUUUGGUGCAGUGAUGUUACCACCUCCAUCCGUGUCCAAGAAAUUUGUACUGUACGAGAGUAUUUCAGACUCUAAUCCCUCUUCGAAAUUAAAGAAACCAGAUAAUCCUCAAUCUGAAAAGCCGCAGGGUAUAGACUUUCGAUAUCUAUCUGAAAACAUUGCACCUCCGCCUCAUCCUGUCAAAGAAAUUGAUCAGAAACGCUCAGAUAACUAUGUACUGAAUAGGCGAUCGACAAGCGUUAGUGCAAGAAUCGCUGAAAUUGAGGCAAUUUCGAAUGCAGCUGACGUCCUUGAGGAGAUCCGACCAAUUCGUCAUUCACGUGCUACUUCCCAAGAAAACUUAGCUACUGACUUCGUAGGACAAACUUUUGUUCAUCCUGCUGCACCACGCCGAAACAUGCUUCCACUUACUGGAAAGAAAGAUGGCAAGUUUGAUGAUGAUGCUGAUGAUGAAGAGCCACCGUUCGAACCUUACGUUGGGCGUUCCAGACCUUCUGUUUAUGAACCCUACCGUCCUCCAGAGUUACCCUUUGACACCUCCAAUCUAACUUCCGCCCUGCAACUUGGUCCCCCACCACUAUUGAAUUCGACUCCAGAGAGGUUUUCUGGAGGGACGCGACGAUUACAUUCUGAUGGAAUGUUUGCUGGAAACUAUGUUCACACCCAACGAAUUCCUUCCAUGACCAUUGGAGAAAUCGACGGACCUAUGUCACCCGAGAAUGAGGCUCGAAGAAUAAGAGAAAGUAUGGACUGGAUGCAGGAUAGAAUGCAGCGUCUUGGGGAGAUUCGUGACCAUCCGAUUCGUGAUAUCAGCGAAUCGAUGCAAUUGAAUCUGAGUCCAAUACAGGAAACCUCCAAAGAAAACAGAUCAGGUUGUACGACUUCAAGUAGUUCUGGAAACAUGACCUCGACGCGCGGUGGGGCAACCAUUUCGGGUGUUUCAAUGUUUACAAGUUCACGUUCCGUGUCUGGAGGGCAGCGAUCCACUAGUUCAUAUCGAUUUACACAAAACUAAGACAACUCGACGGAUAACUAUUAUUACGAAUGAGGUAUACAAAUUGUGUUCUUGUUCUAUUCCAACUAUUAACUGCCAACAAUGCUCUCUACACAUCUUUAUCGAUUUAUUUACGUUCUACUUGUUUUUACAAUUUUGUAACACCUAUGUAUCUAUUUUUAUUUUAAUGUUAUGUGUACACAUUUUAUGUACACAAAUUGUGCAACACAAUGGCAUAAUCCUCGCUCUAUUUUACUUUAAAUUAUUGUACACUAUAAAUAUGCCCAAAUCAAUGGGGAAUUAUGUAUAAAAGAGAGAAUGCAAAAUAACAUAGUUUUCCAAUUAAUAA